UCUCUUUACUAUAGUAAAGAAGUUGCUUCAAACAUGAAGAUGGCCACAAGUGUUCUACUUGUUCUUCUGCUUGUGGUCACUCCGGUGGCCUAUGGUGUGGUACACACCAUCACAGAUUGGUGCACUCAGGGAGACCAUCAGGUUUGGGCUGAUGGUGAAAAGUUCCUCGUCAACGAUAUCCUCGUGUUCGAAUACGAGGUAGGCCACAAGGUGGAACAUGGUGAACAGAGAAGAUUACGAGAGCUGCAGGAAACGCAAUGCGCUAAAAUCCUACGAUGGAGGCAAGACAAACAUUACGCUGAGCACGCCGGGCUUGAUCUACUUCACGUGUCCGUCCUCUGGCCUUUGCGAAAAAGGCAUGAAGAUGGCAAUCCAAGUCGAGGAAGUUGCGACUACAAGUAACAGACCCUGCCGUUUUUGUUGCCCUCCACUCUGUUGAUUCCAAUGGCAAUUCACGAAUUAAGGAAGAGUCUCUGUUUGUACCAUUUGGAGACAUGGUUCAUGUGUAAUUUGGG